AUGAAAGAACUUUUAAAUGAAUAUGUAGAUGACAAAACUGAGGUGACAAAAUGUGAAAGUCAAUAUAGUAUGCUAUUGGAAUGUCUGAACACAUAUGACAGAAAAUGGGCAAAAUGCCAAGAUGAACUGAAGAAAUUUCGCACGUGUUACAGUGAGGAGAAUAGAAAAAAGAGGCAGCUCAAGUAG